AUGACCUACAGAGCCGCAUACGACUCCCCUGCAGGCUACGCCCUCCGCCGCAACGGCUCGUGCCUCGCCGACGAAGAGAUAUCCUGCGGCAAGACAUGGGGCGAUUUCUCCGCCUGCUGCCCAAAGGGCACGAGCUGUCCCAGCAAGGAUAGCAAGUGGAGGAAUAGCAUCUGCUGCCCCGGCGGGGGAAACUGCUCCAACAUGCUUAAGAAACGGCCACAUUGCGCCAAUAACGAGACCUGGAACAUGUUCAACCACAAGAACAACUUUUGCUGCGAGAAGGGCCAGACGGGGUUUUGGAAUCGCAAUAUGAAUAAUGAGGGCUAUGGGUGCGUGAAUGGGCAGCCGGAUGACCCGGAGUACAUGGUGUUGGGGCCUGUGAAACAGAUAAGGGAUGCCCCUGAAACCUCUGACUCGAUAAGCGGCGGUGCGAUCGCAGGCGCCGUCGUCGGAGCCGUAGCUGGCGCGGUUAUAAUAAUUGGACUCAUUUGGUUCUUUCUCCGCCGACGACGACAGGCCCGCGCACGCGCGCAGCCGCCAUCAUCCUUCCAGGCAGACGGGCGCACUCCGUCUCCGAUGUACUCGAAACUCGACAAUGGACAACCGAGCGAGCUGUACAGUGAACCGGCGAAGACCCAACCGCAUGAGAUAGACAGCGUAACGCGAAGAGAAUUGGAUGGUCAGGGUAUGCCAGUUGAGAUGGGAUAUUCACCGGUGGAGUUGCCUGCUGGGAUUCGAUGA